CUGGCUGCAUCUCUCUUAGGCCUCACUGAAGGGCUGACUGCCCCUGGGGAAGGAUCUCUUUCUGGAGAGCCCUCCUUGGUGAAGCAUUCCCUUGCAAACCUGGAAUCUUCUGGUACAGGCUUAUUUCUUGCUUCCUUGUCAUUCAGAGACGCAGUGUGAUCAAAGGGUCCUCUUCCCUUCUACUCACAUGGACUGCAAGGAGAUUGUGCAUCUUGAGGUGCAGAAGAGGAAGUGACUCAAGUACCAGGUAUCAGCACUUAGUGAGAAAGUCUGCUUUCAUAGCGAGCCUGCUCUUGUGCCAUCAGAGCCUGCUUGUGGUGACAGACUGACACCUGCACUCACAGCAGCUGUAAACACACGCAGAGAAUCAGAAGGCUGAAGUUACUGAAAUCAUGAAUCCUGUGUAUAGCCCUGGAUCUUCUGGGGUUCCCUAUGCAAAUGCCAAAGGAAUUGGUUAUCCAGCUGGCUUCCCAAUGGGCUAUGCAGCGGCUGCUCCUGCCUAUUCCCCUAAUAUGUAUCCUGGAGCAAAUCCUACCUUCCAAACAGGUUAUACACCAGGCACUCCUUAUAAAGUGUCUUGUUCACCCACUAGUGGUGCAGUCCCGCCGUAUUCCUCAUCACCAAAUCCCUACCAGACUGCUGUGUAUCCAGUCCGAAGUGCCUAUCCACAGCAGAAUCCAUAUGCACAGCAAGGCACUUACUACACACAGCCUUUAUAUGCAGCACCACCCCACGUAAUUCACCACACCACAGUUGUGCAGCCUAAUGGCAUGCCAGCAACCAUGUACCCUGCUCCUAUUCCACCACCAAGAGGAAACGGUGUGACCAUGGGGAUGGUGGCUGGGACUACUAUGGCAAUGUCAGCAGGAACUUUGUUGACAACUCAUUCCCCAACUCCAGUAGCCCCUCAUCCAGUUACUAUGCCCACAUAUCGGGCUCCAGGAACACCAACCUAUAGUUAUGUGCCCCCGCAGUGGUGAUCAUCCUGGCAGUCAGUGUUUGAAGAUGGGAGAUAUGCAAUCAAGAAAUUGAGGUUUAAAAGUUGGUGCUGAAGCCCUCAUGCCUCCAACCAGGACUCUUCUUCUGAAUGCUUUCAACACUUGGCUAAACACUACUAAUUCCUGAUCACUGAAGAUUUUCCAGUGCUGCAUAUCUUACAUCUUGGAACUCCAGCAGUUAGUCUUAAAGCAAAUCCUGUUUUGUGGACUGUCUUGCAAUUUUUUAGCUAAUUAUAAUGAUAAAAAGGGAGUAUAAAUUUAUUCUGAUCCAUAUCUAGUUGAAUGCAUGUUAAAACACAAAAACAAAGCUUGCUCAAUCUACCUGCAGUGACUGAUGCAAAAACCAUCAUAUGCAAAUCCAAAGGAACCGAGAAGUAUUUUACAACUUGUAUCACUAAUGCACUGUUGUAAUGUAUGCAGGGUCUUAAAAGGUAGAAUCAUGAAAGUGAGUUUCUUUGUAGACUACCGUGAGAUACAGUAGAUAAGAGCUUCAACCUUUUUUGGGUUGAUGGGAUUGCCAGUUUAAAAGGGGCACUUUUUUUGUUAAUUUAAGUGAUGUAUUCUGUUCAAAUUCAAGUACUAAAUUGGAGUGACUGGAAAAUGAGGCAGAAAAGCUGUAGGAAUCCCGCACGCCAUUAGUUUACUUCAUACCUUUACAUUUUUGUUACAUGGAUUCAGUGUUAUAGAGCUGUUCUCAAGGGUUAGAAUGAAAUGACAAAGGUAAUGCUGUGUGUGCGAGUAAAUAAAGCAAGCUUCCUUGAGGCAAAACUUGGCGUUAGGAAUAGUAGGAGGCGACCUGUGUAAUGAAUUGCAUGCCCUGGGGAGAUACAUAUCCAGUACUACCUUUCAUACGAUGCAAGAUGUGUCAAAGUGAGACUGCCACACAGGCUGAUAGAAUAACACUUUCCUUCAGAUCUCCGUUGGAGAGAUCACUGUUGUUUUUCCUAAAGAAUGUUGUAGUCAGUUGCAAGCUUAGGUGCAGUUGACCCAGCGUGCUUUCCUGAUGUUUAAGAAGUAUUAGGGCUUUCUGUGGCAGAUGGGGAGAUCAGCUGCGUGCCAUCCUGAGGAAAGCUGCUGUGCCUGACGAGUCUGUUAAAGGGGAACAAAUCAUUCUAACACAAUUUCCUUGUUAGCUACUCGCAGUAUGGACUACAGAUAUGCUGUAGAGGGCUGCCAGAAUAUAGAGGUUUCGGAUAGUUUGGUUGUUUCAUUUUUUUUUCCUGAAAAUAUUUGUAAUUGAAGUGAGAGCCAUUCGGUGGUUGCAGCGUUUUGAUGUAUUUUUGUAGCUUUUUUUUUUUUUUUUUUUAACUUCCUAAGUUGCACUUGGAAGCACGUACAAAUAAGACUGACUGCAGAUCAGCAUUUCAUUGCAAUGAGUCAUUUCUGGUAUUCUUUCUUGCAACUUCAGUUUUUAAAACAGUACCUCAAAGCAAAUGCAGUGGUGAUAAAGGGCUAGCCUUAGAACCCAUUUCUGUACCAAAAUUCUCACCAGGAAGAUUUUAAAUUUUCAAAGUAAAAUGUUGCACAUGAAAUCAAGGUUUUUCUUAGACCUGCUUACUUACAGUGUCAGAAAAAUGCAACUUUUUUUUUGUUUUUUUUUAAUAUACAUUCUGCCUGCAAUAAAUUAUGCAGUAAAUGAUAAUAAAAUGUUGUUCCCUUUUAAGCCUUUACAGAGAGGUGUAUCAGGCUGUAUCGUUCUCGUAGUCUAAUUUCCAUUCAGAAGUGAUAAUUUUUUUUCUCUAAUUCUCUAUCUAAUUAAUGUUUUUCUGGGGUGUUCUGCUCCUCUGUAGGUUUGGCAGCUACCUUGGGGUGGCUUCAGAGCUGAUGUGAUGCUGCCAUUCCAGUACUCUGCCCUGGUGGGAUCCUUGUGAACUGGGGUUGGAGCCUUCAGUAACUUUAUUUUUUACAGUAAGCACUCUCUGUAAUUUUUUUUUACUACGUUUUUUUAAAUAAAGUUUAGGAUGAUUUUUCAGGAAUCACUGUCAGAGGACAGACAGCCCCUUUAGUUUUAAUGCCUUGAAUAUUAAUGAUGUUGGAAUAAGUACUUUAAACCUUACUCAUGAGCACUUACUGCAGCUUAGGGAUUUCCAUAUGUUUCCGUAUGGAGCAGAAAAUUACCCCAGACAAACCAUUUUGAAUCUGUGCUGCCUUGGGUCAGGUCUGUUCAACGAUUCCUUUGGUGUAGCAGGUUUGAGUAGCCAGGUGUGCUGGGUGGUACAGCGAAUGUGAAUCCAGGCCACUUGUUCAGUUUGCAAGUAGUGUGACAUUUUGGUUGUCUUAGCAUGAUUUUAACGAGAGUUCAGGUGUGAACCAGUGCUAUGCUGAGGAGAAGCUGUACAGAACAGGCUCAGAGCUUCGCUGUCUCCCGUCUCAUCACCCUAUAGACUAAAGCUUUGUGAAUCAUAGGAGUUAAAUUCGGUGAAUGCUGCAUUAGAAAAGUGGUUGAGGAAUGAACAUAACAUCCUGCUUCUUUGCUCUCAAUUCAGAUUCCUAAAUGCCAUCUUGGAAUUGGUCCCUGUAACGUUCUGUAACUUUUAGGCAGUCACGCUUGAGCACUUUUUUUUUUUUUCUCCUAAGUUGCAUUAUGGGAUUCAUCCACGAGGGGGAAACUACCUUUUUUUCCUUAUAAAAAAUAAAAAAUAAGAGGUACCACACCUUCCAGUUGUGAUGAGCUGUGAUGUACUGGGAGGGUGGAGCACAUCUCCAGCAGUUUGAUAUGGGAAGUUACCAAAAGCACAGUGCGGAGGGGACAGGAGGGGAGUGUGUGUGUGUAUAUAACUAUCUUAAUGGUAUUUUGUUGCAAAUAGUAGAAAGCAUGGAUACAAAACAGCAGAGGGGGAAGCUGUACAUCGUUCAAUAGGCGUUUACACAGUGAGGGUCUUACGAAAUGUUCUCUCCUGCUUUUUAUAUAACAUUCCCUAUUUAGAAUUCCUUUAUAAAUGAAUGCGCAGUAUGUUUGCACGAGAGCUCUUUGACAAUGAGAAGAGCUCGUGCUGUAGAGACAUUUCAGAUCAAGCUUCUCUUUAAAAAAAAAAAAAGAAAAAAAAGAAAAAAAAAAAAAGAAAA